CAUGCCCAACAACCACACACAUCGGCCACCCUUUCAUUCAUUACAGUGUACUCUGUGCACGUCGGAGAUAUCUGCACAAAAUAUUAAACAACAUCCGGGUACCUUACAUGUAAAAUGGCCGACUACUGUACAGGCGGGCGACGUGUGGGUCAAUAAGUGCCCGACUAAAUUUUGAAAUAGCAGUAGAAAAUACGACAAAUCACGUUUAUGUUUUACAUGUAAGAAAGAAGGACGGUCAAACGAUCAGAAAAUGCAGAAUGGUGGACAGAAGAAAGCGACAGGCUCGCGUAAAGAGAGUAAAACUGUGAGUAAGGUUAACGUGCCAAACACACACGCAAAUGCAAACUCUGCAAUAGAAAAGGCUCAACUGCUUGCCUCUCUUCAACAAGAUUUAAUGGCCGAAUUAUCAGGAAGCGAGGAGGGUGAAGUAUCCGAGGUUGAAUCUUUCAUCUUGGAUCAGGAGGAGCUGGAGAGCGGACCUACCAUCGAGAUAGCCAACAAGCUCCUGCGGUUGGACAGCCAGGGACACCCAGACCUGAGGGCUGUAGACCCUGAUACCUUGGAGGCAUUUCUGGAUGCAGCAGGUAUCGAUAAGCUUGGAGGGCCCUUUGAUGGGAAGAUCGAGGCAUAUGACCCAGAGAUCCUCGGGAGGCUAACAUCAUCCGUUAGCUCCGCCCUGGACCAAGCUGAGGCUGCUCUCUAUGGCAUCAAGGAGAACACUGUCCUUCCGGGGCAACAUGGCGAUGGACUGCAAGUUGCCGGUGUUGCUGGUGCUGCUGCCUCCUCUGCCGACCCAGUGGCUGCCAGGAGAGGAGACGAUGAUAAGAUGAUCCAAGAAACCAACGAAGAGGGCGAGAGUCUCCUAUCGCUAGCGUGCUCAGGGGGCUACUUUGAACUUGCUCAUGUGCUUCUGAAGAUGAAUGCCAACGUGGAGGACCGGGGUAGUAAAGGUGACUGUACCCCGCUGAUGGAGGCCGCCAGUGCUGGCCAUGUGGACAUCGUCAAGCUGCUCCUGGAGUAUGGUGCAGACGCCAAUGCUCAAUCCAGUGCAGGUAAUACCCCAUUGAUGUAUGCCUGCAAUGGCGGACAUGAGGAGAUCGUCAAGAUCCUUCUCGAUCAGGGUGCCAACAUCGAGGACCACAACGAGAACGGCCACACCCCUCUGAUGGAGGCCGCAAGCAGCGGUCAUGUCAACAUUGCCAAGAUCCUCCUGGAGAAGGGUGCCGGUAUCAACACGCAUUCCAAUGAAUUCAAGGAGAGUGCCCUGACAUUAGCAUGCUAUAAAGGUCAUCUUGAGAUGGUGAAGUUCCUGUUGGAGGCUGGUGCUGACCACGAGCACAAGACCGACGAGAUGCACACUGCCCUCAUGGAGGCCUCCAUGGACGGACACGUAGAGGUCGCCAGACUCCUGCUCGACCACGGUGCCCAGGUCAACAUGCCGGCUGAUAGCUUUGAGUCACCCUUGACCCUGGCAGCCUGUGGAGGUCAUGUCAAACUGGCCUCCCUGCUGAUCGAGAGGGGAGCCAACAUCGAGGAGGUCAAUGAUGAGGGGUACACCCCCCUCAUGGAGGCCGCCAGGGAAGGGCAUGAGGAGAUGGUGGCUCUGCUUCUUGCGCAAGGUGCAAACAUCAACGCCCAGACCGAGGAGACCCAGGAGACUGCUCUGACGUUGGCCUGCUGCGGAGGCUUCCUGGAGGUCGCAAAGUUCCUCAUCGAGGUGGGGGCCGACAUCGAGCUGGGCUGCUCCACCCCUCUCAUGGAGGCUGCGCAGGAGGGCCAUGUCGAUCUGGUCAAGUUCCUCCUUAGCAAAGGUGCCAUUGUCCAUGCUCAGACGGCCACAGGAGACACGGCCCUCACCUACGCCUGUGAGAACGGACACACCGAUGUCGCUGACGUUCUCUUAGCCAAUGGAGCAGACUUGGAACAUCAAACUCUUGCCCUGCAGGAGCACGAGUCGGAAGGGGGACGUACACCGCUCAUGAAGGCAGCCAGGGCGGGCCACCUGUGCACCGUGCAGUACCUCAUCAGCAAGGGUGCGGAUGUGAACAAAGCAACAACCAACAAUGACCAUACGGUGCUUUCUCUGGCUUGUGCUGGAGGUCAUCUCAAGGUCGUUGAACUCCUACUGGCCCACAACGCUGACCCCUCCCAUAAACUCAAGGACAACUCCACCUGUCUGAUAGAGUCUGCCAAGGGGGGCCAUUCUGAUGUUAUGGUGCUGGUGCUAGAGUACCCUACCAACAUGAUAGCGCAUCCAGAGGGCAUGGCUACCCCUCCAACCCCAGAUCAGGGAGAGGUGUCCAGAGUUCCGACCCAGGCACUUCCUAUCGUGGUCCCUCCUCAGGAACCGGACAAGCAUCCAGAGGAGGCACAUCUUGUUGAACUUGGUGGGUCAUCCCUCCUAGGUCAUGGGCAGCAGCAGAACCCUGAUGUACCAUCCUCCUCCACUCCCGAUGAAGCCUUGUACCAAAGAAUGGCCGGCUCCUCAACCGUCGCCACAACCUCCACCUCUGCCAACGCCAUCACCACUCCGGCAGGUGCACCCAGCUCCCUAGAGAGCAUGGAUGCCACAGGGAUCUUCAACACGACAAUCCCAUCCAGCUUCUCCCCCACCAACAUCGUGACUUCCGCAUCGCUACCGGACACCGCCAUCUCCAAGUUGGAUGCGGCGGCAAUUUCACCAGCGGGAGUCGUCGGCAACGCCAAAGGCCACCAGCGAACCGCAGAGGAGCAGAUUCUGGAGAAGCAGCAGAUCUAUGCAGAACUCCAGAAGGUGGAGCGGGAGCUGCAGCAGAGGAUGGAAGUGCAGAAGGUGUUUUCGGUCGGUCUCCCAGGGCAGGGUCUGGAUGAGGCAGAGUCAUCCAAGCUGACCCUACCGGUGUCGCUUCCUGCUGGUGUUACUGUACCGAGUAGCACGGUGGGAACCUCCCAAACUGGGGUCAGUUCGGUAGUAAAUAGCGCUGCUGGUGUUGAUCCACCGGAUAGCUCGUUGAUUGCCGGUGUCCCUGAUAGCAAUAGCAAUCAGUCGGGCAACCAGAAGCAGUCAGCGGUUCAGGUUCCACCUCAUCUACAGCCACUCCCUCCAUCGGUGUCAGACGGCGAGGAAAGCGGGGAUAACGAAGACGACUUGGCCCUCGAUACGAGGGAUAUCCGAAUUGUAUCCUCCGUCUCUUCCCAGCAUGAAGACAAGGGUAGUGGAGAAGAUGCUGCUGAUGUCCUUGGGACCGGUGUCAGACACGAGCCGCUGGGAUGCGAAUCCCAGUCACCACCAUCUGCUUCGGUGGCACCCCCUGCCUAUGAGUCGUACAACCAAAGCAGUAACUGCAAUUGCGGCCCUACCGUACCGGCACCGGCGGCGUCAUCUUAUAUCCCAGCUCUCAGUUCGCCUCUAGCAGGCAUUCCGGGACACACCCCUCUCCCGCCCGCUUCAACCUCUGUACCGUCACCUCUUCCAGACGUGCAUACCCUCCUCAAGGAGUCGUCUGGUACUCAGGUGGAUUCCAGUAGUCUGGCGGCAGCGGGCAUCGGGCAUGCUGUGCUAAACGGUGGCGCCGUGCAGAUAACGCCAAGUGCCAAUAACAUUACAGGGAUGUCUGGGGCCAUGGUCAUGCCACAUGGCUACAGGGAAGUUCAUAGAGAUUCUGAUAAGAGACCUCUCGAGUCCAAGAAGCCCCCUCCCCAGACCCAAUCCGUCGGCACGCAGUGCGACCGCUCCUCCAUCCCCCACCAUCACCAGGCGGUCCCUACCCCUCUCCUGCUCACCACCGGUGGAGCAGGGGUGGGGGGCCUGGGCACAGGGGUAGCCACCACCACGACUGCCCUUGUCCCCUCCCCUGCCUCGCCGGGAAGCUAUGACCAGGCCCACUUCGCGCCGCACCCGCCCGUCGAGAUCGACGCCCAGACGGAGAGCAAUCACGACACGGCGCUGACCAUCGCCUGCGCUGGGGGACACGACGACCUGGUCCAGAUGCUUCUGGAGAAGAACGCCAACAUUGAGCACCGGGACAAAAAAGGUUUCACGCCGCUCAUCCUAGCCGCCACCGCAGGCCAUUACAAGACGGUGCAGAUCCUGCUCAACCACAAUGCAGACAUUGAAGCCCAGUCAGAGAGAACCAAAGAUACACCCCUCUCCCUAGCCUGCUCAGGUGGACGAUAUGAGGUUGUAGAGCUGCUACUGUCGCACAAUGCCAACAAGGAGCAUCGCAACGUAUCCGACUACACCCCUCUCAGUCUGGCCGCGUCCGGAGGUUACGUCAACAUCAUCAAACUCCUUCUCAGAUACGGAGCAGAAAUCAACUCCAGAACGGGCAGUAAGCUGGGCAUCUCGCCCCUCAUGCUGGCGGCGAUGAACGGCCACACCGCAGCGGUCAAACUCUUAUUGGACAUGGGCAGUGACAUCAAUGCCCAGAUUGAGACCAACCGGAAUACCGCCCUCACGCUGGCUUGCUUCCAAGGUCGGACCGAGGUCGUCAGCCUUCUCGUCGAUCGCAAGGCCAACGUAGAGCAUAGAGCCAAGACGGGUCUCACCCCGCUCAUGGAGGCAGCCUCGGGUGGCUACGCCGACGUGGGGAGGGUGCUCAUCUCCAAGGGGGCGGACGUCAACGCGCCCCCGGUGCCCUCUUCCAGAGACACGGCUCUGACUAUUGCAGCUGACAAGGGUCACUACCGCUUUGUGGAGCUCCUGCUACAGCACAAGGCGGCAGUGGACGUCAAGAACAAGAAAGGGCAGUCGUCACUCUGGCUAGCAUGCAAUGGUGGUCACUUUGACGUAGUCCAGCUACUGGUCCAUGCUGGUGCUGAUAUCGACAGUCAAGACAAUCGCAAGGUGUCGUGUCUAAUGGCAGCCUUCAGAAAGGGUCAUGUGAAAGUUGUGCGAUGGAUGGUGAAGCACGUCAACCAGUUUCCAUCGGACACCGACUGCAUGAGAUACAUCGCUACCAUCUCAGACAGGGAGGUUCUAAAGAAAUGCCAGCAAUGCAUGGAGAUCAUCGUGGUUGCUAAAGAACGCCAGGCAGCUGAAGCCAAUAAACAUGCUAAUAUCCUUCUAGAGCAGCUGGAAUCGGAGAAGACGCGAGAGGAGAGCCGUAAAAUGGCAGCUGCAAAACGGCGCGAGAAGAAGAAAAAGAAGCGAAAGGAGAAGCAGCAGAAAGGAGGACCGAACAACAGCUCGCCGGAACCCGAACAAGACGACGAAGAAGAAGAUGAAGAAGACGAUAGCCUGGGAAGAGAAACGAGUGAGUCCUACGAAAUUGAAGACCUUGUGCCACUGGACCCACCAUCGGCCACCACCACGACCACCAUUGGCAAGGUCCGCACCAAGGAUACCACCACUACCACCACAGCUCGCAGCAACGGCCAGUCCGCCACAGCCACCACCACCACCACAACCACCACCACCACAGUCAGCAAGAAGAACAAGAACAACCAGAGCAACAUCAUCACGGCAACAUCACAAGGAGGAGGAUCGGGAGGUGGUAGCAACGCUGUGGUCACCGCCACCACCACAGCCGCCACCACGCAUACCACUACGGCUGCAAUGUCCACCACGUCCUCCCAUAGAUCCUCUGCAUCAUCAUCAAAUGUCAUCAACCAAACCAACAGCAAAGCAGCCCUUCCACCCAACAUUAAGACGAAGUCAGCAAGUGCAAAGGAACACGCCAACAACAAGGUCAACCAGAGCAGGAGCAACAACUCUGCCUCGAGCAAGGAGGAGAGGCAGAACAACAAGAACAGAGUCAACAUGAACGGAGACGUCAAGGAUGGAGGGAAGGAAGGAGCCAAAGAGGGAGGGAGACACGAAGAGAAGAUAAGGGAGGAGAAGAAGAAGAAACGCAUGAGCAUGAAGGAGAAGGGGCAGAACCAUACCAUCAGCAAACACGACGACCAGAACUCAACCGGUCUAGACGGAGGGGGCAAGAAAUCUGUUGGCCCAGGAGGAGACAUGGGUAGUCCUAAUAUGAAGGGUUCGUCGAUCACUGCAGCUAGCCCCAAGAGAGGACAGAAACGAGAGGAGGGAUGGAAAGAAGUAGUUAGAAGGUCCAAGAAAGUAACCGUGCCAGCCAAUGCAAUCAGUAGACUAAUAGGAAGGGGAGGAUGUAACAUCAAUGCCAUCAGAGACGCCACCGGGGCUCACAUCGAUGUGGACAGACAGAACAAGGGCAACGAGCGCACCAUCAAUAUCAAGGGGUCAGCGGACGCCACCCGGCAAGCCCACCACCUGAUCAGUGCCCUCAUUAAGGACCCAGAUGAAGACCUCAGCAAGCUAGUAGCCAAGAUCAAGAAGUCUGUAGCACCGGCAACCAUCCCCAUCACCAUGUUCACCGCUACACAGGCCCCGUCAUCAUCCUCAUCGACCACCACGUCAUCAUCAUCGCAGGCUGGGAGUAAGAGCAGUGUGCAGACAGGUACCACGGCAGCCAAACAGGCACCUAAGAUGAACCAGUCUAGUACUGCCAAUCAUCAGCCCCCUGCAUCCAAGCAGAACUCUCUGCAACCUGGCCACCAGCAGCUUACCCAAAGCCACAGUGCCCCAGCCAACUCCCAAUACCCCAACCAAAUGCCAGGAGUGAUUCGUCUACCCAAAGGAGUCCAGCAGCACCAGAUGGCGGCACUGGCCCAGCAAUGGGGUCGUCAACCCAUCAGGCAGCCUGCCCCUACCACCAUGGCUGCCCCAAGCAGGGUACCUGACCCCAGCCAGCAUCAUCAGCCACCGCAGCAGGUCCAUCAGCAGGGAAGAGGACCUAUCUCGGUCAACGUGGCUCCUCCUGUAGGCAGUGCUCCCCAACAAGCGUCUGCCAAGUCGCCUAGGAAUGGUGUGGCGCGCCAACUGUUUACGCAACCAGCCGGGAAAGCGGUUACAAACACCGUCUCUUCCAAUCGACCAAUCCAGAGUGUGGCUGUGAGUGGAUCGGGUGGGGUGAUGACCAGCAGUGCGCCGACGCCUGUCGGUGCCAUGCCUGUCUCAGUCUCUGCUCAGUCCAACAUCAACGCUAGUACGUUUGCGUCCAAGAUAUCGGAGAGCCGCUCUGGGCAGCAGCUCCACAUGCCACGGAUGAUGAUGCCAUCGCAGAGUCAGGGCAUGGGAGAGCAGGUUGGAUCAGGGAUGCUUCCUCAGCAGCCUGACGGUAACCGCAGCGCACCGGUAUCCACAGCUACAGGAGGGUUCAACUUCCUAUCCCACAUGAACCAGGGUAGGAGCCAGAACCCUGCAAAUGCCUUUGGCUGGAGUUCCCUAGCUCCAGGAGGUACCUUGAAGGAGGAGGGGACUGGAGAAGAAGGGGGUUUCCCCAACUCUGAGGAGGCCAAAGCUCCAGGGUACAAGCGCCUCUCGACCGGAUCCAUGCCAGUAGGAGGAGGGGACGCUGGAUUGCUGAGCACGGUCAACAACCUCCAAGGGAAUCCGCCCAACUUCAACCCCAUCCACUACAUGCAUGCCCAACAUCCACCUCCACCCCAUCCCCAUGCCCCACCCAAUCCCCACCCUCACUCUCAACCACACCUUAAUGCCCACCCCCACCAACACCCCCACGCCCAUCCCAUCGAGCGACCCGAUGUCGUCUCCGCAUCCAUGCCUCAUGCCAACCUGUCCCACUUCUCGCCCAUCACCAACCCUCCUGCACCCUCCCCGACCCCUCCCAACGCCAACGCAUCCCCAGGUACGUCGCCUAGGUCUGGUACCACUAGCCCCAGUACCUCUGCGGCUGCCCAGGAUAGGAAACUACCACGCCCCAUUGGGACGGAGCGUAGAGGGCAGCAGACUCAUCGACGUACACCUGUCGGGUUUGCUGAUCUUCCUUUCACCUCGGCAGGAAGCAUCUGGGCCCAUCAAGCUGGUGAGGGGAAUUGUUGGCCCAAUGCUUCUAUCUCUAUGGAUGACAUGGUUGUCAACACUCCUGCUAAUCCUAUCCAGAGACCUAUCGGUCGACCAGAGAGCUACCAUGGCCAACCUAUGAACGUACCUGUGGGGAUGUCCUACCAGAGGGAGAUGUCAGACCAGCAGCCCCACCCCGGUGGCCUGCCCCCUACCAACCACCAACCACACCCUGGUAGUCUACCCCCUCCACAGGCCAUGCCCUACACCGCCCCGCCCUCCAUGGGCAACGGGGUCUGGACACCUGCUAUUUCAGCCACUGACAACAUGGAUAACAAUCAGGGCUGGAGAAUGUGGAACCAGCCUUCUAUGUGAACGUAACGAACGUACCCCGAGAUAGAUAUUCAUCAUCUUCAUCAUGGGACGGAAACCAAUCAAACUCAACCAGCAUAAACUACUACUUGAUGAUGGACAAGAACUAAAAAGAAGUGCUGGGUCAUCAUUGCGUUUCUUUUCUUUUUUCUUUUUUCUUUUUUUAAAUCUUUUUUUUUAAAGUAGACUUUUAUCUUUUCAUGUCAGUGUAGUUGGAUUUCUUUGGUAAGCUUUGUUUUCCUAGAUGCAUUUAGGGAUGAUGUUUACAAAAUCAUGGUGUUUUGAACUUCAAAAGAAUGGCAAUAAAUCUUAGCUAUUAUUUGCUGGACUUUGGUCAAUGAAUUGGGAGGUUUCAAAUAAAUUGAAUCUAAUUGAGGGAUUUUGCACUUGAUGUUGAUGGACAUACAAAAUAAAAACUUUGUGUUCAACUUUUUGGUUCAACUCAGAACCAAUAUGUUCAAAAAGAAGUUCUUUCUGAAGUUCAAGACAUCACAGGUAUAUUCAUUUUUCUAAGUGAACGAGGUUCGUUUCAGCACUUUGGGCAGGCAGUGGGCAAAUAUAUGCUCACUUUCAAGAAUCCUAGUUCUGAUGAUGAAACUACUUCUUGGUAUAUUACUCUCUUCUGUUAUGUUUUCUGUUUUCAUUCUAAUCUAAGCAGCUUGGUUGAGAGACUGUGUGGAAAUGUGUUAAGAGGUGGAUGAAAUAUGAAACGAUGCUCAUGUGAUUCGUCUUCUACUACUAGAUCUCAGUUCAUCGCUAAAGUUUUGGAUAUGAAUAGAUAUACUGGCUUUGCAUACAGUAUGCUGUUAUAAACACACCUGCACUUGCAAGUACUUACAGCUCUUCACCGUAAAACAAAAAGAAAAGAAUUUGAAUGAAAUAUUUUGUCAUGUCGCAACAAGAUACGAUCUAGCUUAUUUUCUUUUCUGAUGCAUGCUCUUAUGUCUGAUUCAGUGUCAAAAAGCCACUUUCAAAAGGUUUUGGUAGUUGGAAGUAGCUUGUCUUUGCAGAAGCGACCGAUGUGAACGGCUUUAAUGGUAGAUAGUAACGCUCAGCUACAAGCUUAUUACAUGAUAGACUGAUUCAUAUGUGAACUGAUCAUCAUUAUUCUAAGGUUAUAUGUCUAGCUAGAGGCCAGCUCAUUUAUUUUUUGCUGAUGAUGAAAUUGUGCAUGGUGAGAAUUGCAAAGGUAUCUGGUACAAGCAUUUGUGACUCAAAUCUAUUAUUUGAACUUUUCUUAUACCUAAUAGUCAGUGUAGCAUUUUGCUGCCAUGCCCUGGUGCAUGGCAUUGGACCUUUUUAUUAUUUUCUUUCAUCUUUUUCUUUUCUCUUUUUUUUUUUGUGUCUGAAAGAAGAUCAAGCAGUAUUGGGGAUUACGUCAAUGUUUUCUUCUCUAUUAUUACGUUCUAUACUAUUUUGUGAUUUAAUACUGAGUUUAAAUAGCCAUGCUGUGAUAAUCAUUGCUAUGAAAAAUAUAAUAACGUCCUUAUUUGCCCCCAUAAUUUGUUUUUAUAUAAAAAUCCUUUUGCCUGGUUUCACACACGUGUAACCGCAUGUACUCUAGUAAUACACAUAGUUGAAGACAAAUGGUUUAUCUCUUAUACGAUGAACCUUCCCCACUCAAAUGUUAUGUUGGUCGCUAUUCAGGUAAUUAACAUGCAAUAUGUUAUUCUGUCGUAUAUGAAAUGCCCAUAUAUGGUAUAUAUUUAAUACAGCUUUCAAAUCUGCAUCUGGCCUGAAAAGUCUUUUUUGAUAAUAAUUCUAAUUUGAUGUAACCUCUUAAAGAAAAUGCUAUAGUCAGUUUCUUACUGAUGUUUAUGUCUGGGAGGAUUAACUAGUUCUAAGUCAAGUAAGAUAAUGAUUCUCAGCGACUUCAAGUCAAGUUGCAAUUUGAUGCAAGAAAUCAAUUUAAAGCUUGUUUUGAAUUGUGUCAUGAAUUAAGGAGAAAGCUGUCCAUUGUCUAUCACCAUCAUGUUUUGUUUGUAAUUUCUUUUCAUCAUCAUCCAACUAUGAGGAUGUUAAUACGAAUGAUUGAACAAAACUUGGGAGGAGACUGUAAAGUGAUAAAGAUGGCAUCUUUUGGACUCUUCUCGAUCGAAAUUCUUGAUUCUCUGCUUUCAUCCAUCUUUUUAUUUUAUUAGCAUUAUCAGAUGAUGAAGAGAGAUUUACUAGCAAGUAUUAAUAGUGGAGUAUUCUUCUGCACUUAACGAUGUUGUGCAUUACUUUGUAUGGAUGAGUCCACAGUUAUUCAUUUAAAAGCAUCAAGUGAUGGCGGCCAUUUUGAAGAGCAUUUGAAUGGCCGCAGCGUGUUUAUGUUUACUAUAUUUGACCGACUUGAAUAUCACAUAGUGAUAUAUUCCUUUCUUUUCACUUCAGAAAGAUAGAGAUACAAUUAGACUUAACGUGAUGAAACUAUUUAGGAUGGUAAAGUACUGUCUAAAUAGCUUAGCACAAACUUUUCAAAGAAGAAAAGAAUUGAGACAAUGUUAAAGGCAUACAGUGGAAACCAGUAUGCGAAAAGUGCUCAUUGUUUGUCCCCUGUUGACAUGACUAGCCUGUGUUUAAGAUGUUUUCUUUUCUGACCGAAACACUUGCGAGAGCUUUAUUAGUGUGAAUCAUUGGUAAAAGAAAAUGCACACAUAUCGGUCCCUCUGUGCUUUUUUAGUGAAGCACCCCCUCUAGAAAGGUGGACUAGACCCUCUUUUUUUGUUGUCAACUUUAGUUGUCAUAGUGAUGAUACUAAGAAGACAUAAAACUUAGUGUUUAGUUUGUAAUGAUGCGGUGGUGUAGCAUUUUCAUGACUAGAAAAUGAAGAGUGAGUCUGGAGCAAGCCUAACUUGUGGUGGGUUAGGCUUAGCGUGCCAGUCACUUCUUCAUAAUUCGUAGAUGACGACUGUGGUGUAGGUUACCAGGUGAAUAAAAUAUUAAUUGAAAUUGGACUGUACUGUGAAGACCAGUUCGGGGCUGAUUUGUGGUGGAUUAGUCUCUGAACAAAAAAGGUCUUGUGGAAUUAGAGAAGAAAUGAUUUGAGUAUUCUCCCAUUUACUGGAGAAUUUAUGUGAACUCUUUCAUAGAAGUAUCGGUGUGGUACGUUAUCUUUCUUGGGUGUGAGGUUUAUUUCCUUUGAAUAGACGCCGAAAGUGAAUGGAGUAUUCGCAUGUAGCUCGCACUCCUCGUAUACUUACUCUACAUAUUAAGGAGUAUUUACUAUCGUAAUUUUUACCGUAUGAUUAUACCCAAAGUAGUCACACUUUAUUGCCUUUAUUUUUGUUUUUUUAGUAGAACAAGCAAAUGUUCCCCUACUCCCUUUCGUAUUGCCUUUUAUUUGUUCAAUCAUAAUUUAAAUUAAUCUUUUUAUUGUUGCUUUUCUGUAUAACUGGAACUCUUAUUUAGCAAAUCAAUAAUGUGUUGUCGAAGCUGCAUUUCUGAUGAAGAAGAUAAAAAAACGUUGGAAUUGGCUCCGAAUUGUUGAUUAUUUUCCUCGGACAUUAUUGUGCGCGCAGGAACUCUGUGAGUGCUGCGCAUUGUCAAUAUCGAGGAAGAGGAAAAACCAUACAAAACCAGUGUCAAACGUUUAUUCAUGCUAAAAACAAUGUGUUCUACCCAUUAAAACAUGAAUUACUACAGUA